ACACCUAACCCUUUCAUCGGUAAUUUCGGAUCCGGUCUGCUCCCUACUAUCAGGUCGCCGCACCUUGUUCAUCUUCCAUGAAGUAGCCGACUUAUUUCUGCUACAUAACGAUUAAUGACGUCGCAUAUCAAACUUUAAUGUUUUUACUUCACCCGUGUCACUUUGUUUGCUCUUAGACACAUCAUGUCUGGUCUAAUCAACUCAAAACUCGUGACAACCGGGUGCAUUCUUGCGCAGUCCCAAGCAAUCACUCAACCCAUGGCAGAUGCCGAUACCAAAACGUCUUUAAAACUUUUCGCCAAGUCCCAGGAAUCUGAAUCUGAAAGCGAAUCAGAAACGUCCUCCGAGGAUGAUGACUCCAGUGAUGAGGAAAAACACAUGGCUGAUAACCCCAUCCUUAAAGAGCGCUUGAAACAGCUGGAUCGCUAUGCUACUCCAAUUCAUUGUUCAAAACUUUCCCCUAUUAUUAAUUCUGAUGCAAAUGCAGCAAGCUUAUAUUCCUCCACUGCCCCCGUUGCUGACUGCGCUGCGAACCAUACCGUUUUAAUCCGUGCUAAGUCUAGAGCUCCCUCCGAAAUGGCCGAAAGUAGCUCAACUCCUUCAGACUACCGUUGCCAUCAGUUAUCCAUGUUGGAAUCCCCCAAUGGCUGUAGUGGACCUAUUUCUUUGAAUGCCUCAAUUACCCCUAAACACAUCUCUCCGCCAUAUGGGAUCGUUCCAAGCACCUGUAAUUCGGACCUGCUAUCACAGCAAGAACAUGCGGCACCUAAUGGUACACACACAAAAAGCAUAAACACCUUUGUUUGUGAUCCUGGUGAACGGUGCUUGGCCUUUCCCUAUAGUAGUCACGCACAGGACGCAUAUGGUGGUCGUAUAUGCAGUGAAGUACGGAACAUUGAUAACGACUAUAACUUGAGCUGUGAGACUUGUCAUUCUGUCUUCUCCACACGUUUAUCUCUACAAAAUCACAUGAAGAAGCAUUCCAGUCGCCUUGGUAAACGUCACCAGUGCAGCCAGUGCCCGUACUCCACACAAUAUGGUAAAAAUCUUCUCAAACAUGUCGAGUCCAUGCAUUCGUCUGACAAGACCGAUCAACUCCGAUGUGGAGGAUGCUGCAGGUACUUUGCAACAGAGGAACUUUUGCGGAAUCACGAAUGCCUACUCUCCCAGUGCAAUUCGUAUCGCUGUGGUGACUGCGGACGCAUAUUUAAAACUAAGUUACGUCUAAAGUAUCACACUGAUAUACACAAUCCUAGAAAGCCCUACGUCUGUGAUGUUGAGGGCUGCGAUCGCGCUUUUCGUACACCGAAGUACUUAAAGAAUCAUCGCGAUGAGUUUCAUCGUAUGCAACCUAAAAACUAUGUUUGCCCGGUAGAAGGAUGUGACCUGAUUUUUCACAGAAAAACCCAUCUGAAACGCCACAUUUCUACGCAUGAUGAUGCUGAGAAGAAGUAUCCGUGCCAAUGGCCCAACUGCCAACGGCGUUUUUGUAGCGAGGAGACCUUAAAUUUACACUAUCGGAAGCACACUGGCGAGAAACCUUUCAACUGCGCACUGUGUCCCUUCAGUUGCUACAAUAAACCUGGUUUGAACGAACAUUAUCGCCUACAACACGCUAAAGAUACAAACCUUGAGGGCCCUUACAAAAGUUUUGAAUCGAAUCUCACAUCGCACACUCCACCUACAGUAGUGCCACGGUUGCAAACCGAAUCGGGUGCAUUUGGUUCUCAAUUUAACUCUGGAACCCAUCAAAUUCGCACCUCCACCCCCGUCCCUGCCGUACGACACCGUAUGGUUGACAUCCUGGAAUCUUGCGGAGUGCAACAACCCGGUCCUUUAGACGCCGAAAUCAACGGGAUCCUGGACAGUUUGGACAAGGAAUCCGAUCUGCCUGACCUCUUCAGCUCCGGUGCUUUCGACUUUGAACACUCCAAUCCUGGCCCUCAGUCGUUUGAGAAUUCCGCGCAUCCAACUUCGAACGAGCGUUUUUCAUCCCAUUUCGACCGCAGUACACUCACCACGUCUGAAUCAAUGAGUGGUAUGCCAGAAUUAUCGUCUCCUCGUGCUGAGAAUAGCGAGAGUAGUGAAUGCUCUUUGAGCAGCAUAUUAACAGCCGUGUUGGCAGAGCUCCAAAGAGCCGACGCGUCUGGAUCUGUGGAUGAGUUUGAACGCGCCAAAGCCAGCGCUAUAUCAUUACUUCCGGCAUUUUGCACGGGGGAAAAGUUGACCAGCCAAAUCGAUGCAAUUACGGAUCAUGUUUUGGAAAGGAUUGUAAACCAGCCGACUCAAGUACUAAAAUCUGUUUUCCACUCAUCUCGGCGCUUCACGCGGGAUGAAAGUUAUAUGGUCGAAUCACUGGAGCAUCAACUUUUAACAGGUUCUAUUUUAAUGUCCCCCACUCCUCCUCGCAGACGAGGUAGGCGCCCGAAACUUCAACAGCAGCUGCAACCUUAUCUUGAACGCAUCUUUUCCCUAGAGCCCAGCACUGCGGAAGCUAUGGCCGCUCAUCUGCUCAAUGUCGCACAGGUCGAGCGAAACAGCAACCAUUAUGACGGUCCCUCCAACCCUGGUUUCUCACGAGGCCGGGGUCGGGGUCGGGGUUGUCGAAUCCGGGGAAGAACCACUGGGGCACUAUCCUUGACAUUGCGACUUCUUCCAGAUGGCACCGCUGCUCGCGCCGGUCACUCGACGCAAGUUGCCUGUCGAUCCAGCACUGGUAGAGGCAGUAUAGUUGCAAAGCGCAUCCGAGGUAUUCGUGGCAGAUAUCGCAUCGAUAGACCAUCGGACGGUCUUGCUCGUGUAUUUCCCUCUGUAUCCGAGGCUACUAGGGGCCAGAUGAGAGUUUGUGAAAGUUCCACCGUAACACAGUUUCCAUCUUCCGUCUCCCAUUUUGAUGAAUCGCGCCUUGUCACGGGACACACAACCUUCACGCAUAACACUUUGUUUGAUCAAAGUACCACGCAUACUGAUGACGCCGUAGAUACUUCACUUCAGUUGCGAGCUAUGGGCCGUUCCUCUGCUGAAUCGGAGGAAGAGUUGGAUGAACUUGAAGAACUGGAUGAACCUGAGGAGAGUGGUGAUGGUGACUGUCAUAUGCAAAAUAUCAGACAAACCCCUGUUCUGCAUCAUGAGCGCCCUACUAAUCACAGUGAUGAGAUUGGCACAACUGGGACUUCACCGGAUCUAGGGGGUAAUGUUAGGCGUGAUAUAUCGUACAAAACGGGUGUUAAGGAUAGUGUCAGUCAAGAUACUCUGGGCGAAAUGUUGGAGGACUUGGGCGUGAUUGUGAAGCGUAUUGGUGAACGCGCUGCCGCCAAAAAGCAACUACGUGGUCAAGAAAGCCCGGCUUCACGGCAACCCCACAACCACAUUGACUAUCCUGUUGAAGAGCAAAGAGGGAUUGGUAUCACAAGGGCAGUCCGAGUGGGAAGCGACUCGGCUGCCCCAUCUAUACAGCUUCCUUCCAUGGCUACUUUAGCGUCUUCCAGCGUUGGAACUCCUGCAAGCACUGGUGGAAGCACACCUGGGUGCCUGUCAAACACUGAACUGUAUUCCCAAUCACCUCUCUUGUCAUCUGUACAGUCGCAACAUCCUACUUCUUUAUCCGGACAUCUCGGAUCCAACAAGUCGAACACCCCGAUGUCGGAGGUGAAUCCGGCCGGUUCGGAAAACCGCACCUCAGACCCAACCAAUUUGUCCCUUCAUCAAAGUGGAUACAAAUCCCCAGCGAGCGAAUAUCACCGUACUGCUCCCAUGUGGUCAUGUGAAUCUAUGUGCUGCCCCACCACGCACAACUGUUCCGGGAACAUCAACGAUAUGGGGUCAUCAGCCUGUAGAAAGAAUGAGACGUUUUCGCGGCCUUCCGAUAUCUUUAAAAGUGGCAACGGUGUAGAUACCACACAGUCUUACCGCCCGACUGACUUGAGCACACGAAUGCUCAACUUCAGCGCAUGCUCUGCACCACCCUCCCCAACUUCCCCUAGAGUAAACCGGAGUCCAUCAGAGAACGAGACUGCGAGUACCAGCCUGAAGAGUGGCAUUGCCUCUUCAUAUUCGGUUCAGUUGUCCCCUAGUUCGGUCGCUAUGGAUUCCCUCAUGUCUGCUGUUGAAGCGGUGGAUCAUCUGCGUUCUCUGUCAGCGCUCGGUGCCAAAUAUACCGCCUCACUUGGGAUAGGAGAUGGGCUAAAGCAAGGAUAUUCCAACCAAUCUCAACGUCUACCCCACCAUCACCAGUACCGUCACGACGGAUGCUCCCCUUCCUCUCCGCCCAACACUGAAGACGCGGUUUCACCUAUAGCACCCACGUCGUCCCAACAGCAUGGAUCGGGCAGUUUCGUCCAUCCCAACAUGCCUUCUGCAUUGAACAACUUGCUUUGCCGCGAACGAAAAACAGACGGGCCGAUUUCAUCCUCCUGUGGCUCUCCAACCAAAAUGAACUUCCUCCCGCAAAUGAAUUCCGGUGGCGCGUGUUCGUCGUACCAAUUUACAGGAUUGCCUUCCCGCUGCUCAAGUCGAGGACGGAACGAUCCAUGCAAUGGCGGGACCAAUAAUGCCACUUCAAUAUCGUAUCCUUUGGCACCGGCAUCGGUCACGUCGGCGUGUUCCUCCGCUUCCUCUUCCUCGUCUUCGUCCGCUCGGACAUACUUACAUGAGCUGUACCAGCAGCGUGAACACCAAUAUCACCAACAUCUACAACAAACGUCGCAGCGAAGCGUCAAAUCUCCAGUUCACGACCUUACAACUCGUCAGCUCCUAUCCGAGGCGGCCGCCACUGCAUAUGCCCAUGGAUUAGGCCGAUGCGACGGACAGAGCUACAUGAGCGGACAGCCUGGGCCAAACGCACCACAACAAGGUAACUCUCCGCGAAUCACUCCAUACCUUCACUCAUCUGGGACCCCACUCUCUCUGAAUCAGUAUCAGCGAUAUCAUCCAGCUGAGAUGACCACGUAUCCACACCCGGGGAUUCAUGUGGAGACCAGUGAGCAUAGUUUCCAUACUGGCAGUGGCUUCGGUCACCACAACGGCUCCUACAUGGACCAACCGGAUCCGUACCAAUUAUACCAACAACAACAACUGCGACAGUCUGCUCAUCCGCAUCACUCCCUGCAAAGAUCGAUGGAACAUAUACAACCUCAAACCGCAACUCAUCUGGCUCACUCUAUCCACGAAGUGUCUGGGCUUGCUGCUGCGGAAGCGGCAGCAGCUGCUGCCUACGCCUAUCAUCAAUACCAUCAACAACACGCGCAACGGCAUGGACAGAUGUCUGCUGCACAUUCGCACUACCAGAAUUUGCUGAAUGCUAACCAUCGUGUCUACUACUCAAAUCCACUGGAGGAACAAUUUUCGCCCCGUGACUUGGCACUGUAUACGGCCCAUACGAACAGGCGGGAUCCGAAAUCGGCUUAUUUGGCUGAGACAUAUCGGGGAUCUCAGGCAGCUUCUGAACGUUUCCUAUUUUAACCAAAUGAAAUAGUAGGCAGUAUGUUUCGGUUCUUAUGAUGCAUUCAAUAUGACUCCUAUGCCCGUAGCCCACUGUGAAUCCUGCGCACAGCGCCAGAUUUCUUCGACCUUUAUCGCUGAUCACGUUCCCUCUACUUGCUUAUCCGGUCGUUGCUCCCGGUCAUGUUCUUCCAUAUGAACCCUGAGCGCAGCCAGGAGAAGGCGCAAGUAAAUGGUCGGCAGUGCAAUAAUAUGGUUUCUUUAUCAUCAAACACUUCCAACGGGCCGCACAAAAGCUCUACCGGAAUUUUACACAUGUAUGUAUAAUACAAAUACGUAAUGAAUGAGCUGUGAACGUUUUAAAUUACUACUUUUAAAGAGAUAAGCAUUGAAGCUUGCAUAUUAUGGUCCGCUUUUUGCUCACUGUUUAUAGUGAAAACAAGUAUGUUCAUUUGAUUCGAGUAUCUUUGACUUCAUUCAUCUUUUCCCAAAACAAAUCGACCUUUGUACAGACAGCAUUUCUGUGGUCGUUUUUAUGACCGCAUCGCGCCACGCGCAGUAUACUGUUGGCUGUUUGUUUAAUCACUCGCUUAUUUCUUCGACUUUUCAAUGGCUAACCGCUGUUUUUAUGACUAUUUCGAUCCCACUUGUGAAGACUCGACAAUCCGGAACACAAGCGGGUAGUUCUACCUUACAAGUUCGUGUGCGCAUGCCGUCGGGCCGAAUUGCCCAGACUCGGUUGUGCACAAACAGGACAUCUACGAAACACCAGCUUGUCUAAUUUGAAGCUCGGCUUCUGCUUUCCCGUCCCCACAUGUGCUCCUCAAAGGUGUAACGGAUUCGCCAUCCCUCCAUUGUUUUCUAUCAUGACGUCGUCAAUUGUCGUCUCACCACCCUUCCUCCUCAUUUCUGCAUGCCGAUGCAUCCUAUUCGUUACUUGUAUUACAUAAAGAUACUAUAUGACAAAAAAAGAAAGUGUUCUGUUGUAUG